AUUAGUUCUCUUUUGCCACGUUAUCCAUAUGUGCUAGGCCACAUUUGACCACUCUAUGGAGCAACGUUUGACGUAGCUUCACACUGUUGUUCCCAUAGAUAUCCAACUCCGUAAGAUACCAUAAAGAUAGACAAAGAAAGGUUGCUGGUGAUGGAAAGCUCAAACGUCGUGUUAUCACUAGGCACCUGGUUAGAACAGACUACCCCCCAAAGAGUUUCUGGAACUUUAGGUGAAGCUGUAGAUAAUGACUGUUUUGAAGAUAAUGGUACAAUGGAGUCGCCACCUGGAAGCGGCUGCGAGAGUUCAGGCCCUAUAGUUGACACAUUCCUUCCUUCUACGCUUUCGGCCACUCACUCAAAGCAAGUCGUUUCUAGUACACAGUUUUCGUCAACUCUCUUGCAAGCAGCGCUUUUUAGGGCUGUUGCUACCGGAAAUUUGGUAUCGCUCAAGUUGAUGGUUACAGCAGCCAAGGAAUUGGACUUAUUGGGAAAGGCAGGAAACGUGGAAAGCAUUUCGAAUAUUGUAAAUUACGAUCAAAGAACGUUACUACAUCUCGCUUCUGCAGAGGGUCAUUUGGAUAUAGUUUCUUUUCUAUUAGAAAACCAAGCUGAUCCUUAUGCAAAAGACCGUUGGGGCGCAACUCCUAUCGAUGAUGCUUGGGAAAAUAAUCACAUGGAAGUGAUUAAAGUUAUCGAGGCUUUCGUUGAUUCCGAGGGAAAGUCGGGCCCUGUGGUCAAUAUGGAACGGAAGCAAAAAGAUAUUGAACAUCGAUUGGAUACGGGAAUUGAUAUUCCUUACAAUCGUGGACAUCGUCCUUUAGGUGCCUUUGCUAGUAUUCCUUUGACCAGUGAUUUUCCAUAUUGUGGACUUCGUCGGACAGUUUCGAGUCCAGUUGAAACAGAAAAUUUCAACGAGCCUAAACAAAGAGAAAGAAGUGUAUCUUGUCAGGAAGAUGAUUCAUUCAUGUUUCUUGCCGAACGAUUUUUCCCUAUGAAUUUUCCUUUUAUGGAUAGGGAUAAUUUCUCGGAGGGUGACUCUCCAAUACUGGAAAGUCCAUGUGGAGAGAGGAAGACGGAAGAUGUGGCUGAAAAUGAUGCUUCUGACAAUGGCAGUGAACAAGAAGAAGAAAGUCAGUUGAUGAUGGUUGCACAGGAAGAGUUAGACAGGGCAUACCGUUCAGAAAAGGAUAAAAUCUUCCAGAAAUAUCGAAAAAUCAUCGAAGAGAAGUUAGGCUCUGUUCCAAAUCGACUGCGUUUGUUAUCUCUCAUUUAGCGUAGAAUUCUUUUGUACAGAUUUAUUCCUACUAUAUAUAGAAUUUUUGUUUUGUACUUCACUGAUACAUGAAAGCACAAAUUGUAAGUAAUAAAGUUUUCCGAGUUGCAUGGUAGUAUUUUCUGAUGC